AUGCAUGGUGCCACAGAGCGGCUUAGCCCAUACACGAAUGCGCCUCUCGACUUGGAGGGUAGAGGCAUUCGUCUCGUUGAACUUCAAUCGAGCAGUUCCUCAGACACUAUCAGAUGUCAUCUGCGAUCGUACGCCCUACCACCAGAUGGUCCAUCGUACAUUGCGCUCUCUUAUCAAUGGGGCCCCUGCGAACGAUACGCCAACAUCGAACUUAAUGGGAUGCCAUUUACCGUUGGUCGUAGUCUCUGGACCUUCCUGCACCAGAUGCGCCUACAUCGGGUCUUUAAGACGUUCUGGAUAGACGCCAUCUGCAUUGAUCAAGCCAAUGUGGAAGAAAGGAACCACCAAGUUGGAAUGAUGCGACACAUCUACUUAAACGCGGCGUCGGUAUCUAUCUGGCUUGGCGAAGUUGAAGAGGACACUCUUGUCGGUGAAGCCAUGAAGAUUAUGGCGCCGCGGAAUCUCCGUAGCGGUCAAACGCUUGACAACAUUGCGCACUGGAAGAGAUGGACAACGCGGGAGAUUGAGGCUUUCCAAGCUUUUUGCGAGCACAAGUAUUGGAGUCGUGUGUGGAUCAUCCAGGAAGUCGCCUUGGCC